AUGAACAACGAACAGUUUCGUCGGAUGCUGGCCGACAAAUCUUCAGAUAAAUCAAACAACAAAUUGUCUCCCUCAUCUAGAAAUGCCAGUGCCGGUAACGCAACACCAGGCGGCGCGCUGCUUGGUUCGCGAAUGCGAUCCAGCAUCCCCAUGACUCCACGAUCCGUAACUGGCGCGGACUUUGCGCGCCAAUUAGCCGAACAGCGCCUCGAAGGUGGUGACCGGCCCACCAAACGAUUCAAAUCCUCCGCCGCGCCAAAGGGUUCAAAACUAGCAGCUGGGUAUCAAGAUCGCGCACACUUGCGAAAUGAACAACCGGAUGAAGAGACAGAUGAUCUCACAAAGAGGAUCAAGGCCCUAGAAGAGAUGGUCAAGCUGGGCCAAAUCGACCAGGCAACCUUCGACAAGCUCCGUACUGAACUUGGGGUCGGAGGCGACACGAGCAGCACACAUAUGAUCAAGGGACUGGACUGGGAGCUCUUGAGACGUUCUCGAGCCGGGGAGGAUGUUUCGAUAUCGGCUGAUAAGCCUGCGCCUGUGGUUGAAGAUAAGCCGCUUGCUGGGGAAGAAGCGGAGGCGGAGUUCGAGCGCUUGAUGGAGGAAAGGGGCACUGAAGAGACUCAGAUAGCGCCGAAGGAACAAAGAGAGAAGAAGAAGGGAAAUAUGGCACCUCCGCCACCGAAGAAGAAGACAAGAGAUGAGAUUCUGCAGGAGUUAAAGGCUAAGAGAGCGGCUGCUAGUGCGCCUGCUCCGCCACCGGAGUCUGUGUUGGGUGAUAAGUUCAAGAAGCUUGGGGAUGGGAAACCGGAGAAGAAGCGAUUUGUUGAGACGGAUGAUAACGGGAGGAGGAGGGAGGUUCUUCUUAUUACCGACGCGCAGGGCAAUACGAAGCGCAAGACGCGGUGGAUUGAUAAACCUGGUCAAUAUGUUAAGCCAGUCGAUGCUAUGCCGAUGCCAGAUAAGGAUGCUAAACCUCUUGGUAUGGAGGUUCCAGCUGAGAUCGCAGCUAAGAUUGCGGCUAGUGCUGCGCAGCAGGAAGAAGAGGAUGAUGAUAUCUUUGCCGGUGUUGGUGCGGACUAUGAUCCUCUUGCUGGUAUUGUAGACGAGGAAGAUUCGUCGUCCGAUGAAGAAGAAGAGACAACAGAUGCUCCUAAGGCCACGACAAAAGUCAAAGCGCCCGCUACAGAAGAAGAGGGGGAUAAAUCUGCUGAGCCAGAAACCUCUUCAUCUAAACCCCGAAACUACUUCGCUACCACUUCCUCUGCUGCUGCUGCUGCUGUUGAGGAGGAACCCGAGGAUCGCACGAAUCCUCUUAUCAAGGACCCCGCCAUUCUUGCGGCCCUCAAACGAGCAGCCGCUCUACGGCAAGCUUCGCCAUCUGCUGACGACGAAGACGAGUCCACCGAGUCUUCUUUGCGACACAAGAAAUUUCUCGAGGAGGCUCGGCGACGUGACGCUAUGGACGCUGCUGAUAUGGACUUUGGAUUUGGAGGAAGUCGGAAUGAAGACGGUGAGGAGGAGGACGAAGGCAUGUUACUCGAUUUUGAGGAUAGCGGGCCUAAGAAGCGCAAACGAGGACCCAAGAAGAAGAAGGGUGAUAAAGACAGUGCAACUGAUGUGAUGCGCGUACUAGAAGGACGACAACAGAAGGACUCGAAGUAG